CCAAGAUGAGCGAAGGGAGCGAAGGGCAACAGGAAGGAUCGUCGAGAUCGAUGGAGGGUAGGAAGUGUUAUAAGUGUGGGGAAACCGGACAUUUCAUUCGUGAGUGCGCAAAAUAUUGGAUGGCGAAGGCAAGAGGUGUUCCGUUCGUGUCGGCCUCCUUCGGCGCUCCAGGAGGCAGAACAGGGAGAUCUGUUGCACCUGUGGCACCGAUGGACGAAGUGGCCAGCCGUAGUAGAUCAGCGGACAGCAAUACCAGCAGGCAUGAAACUGAGGAUACUAAUGCUUUGAUACGAGACUGCUUUGCAGAGAUGGCAAGGGAAAAGAAAGCGAGAAGGGAGAGAGAGGAAUUGGAGGAGAAGAAUAGGAAGGAAGAAGAAGCGAGGGCGGCAAAAGAGCGAAGGAGAUUACAACGGGAAGAAGAGAGACAGCAACGGGAAGCAGUUCGGGAUGCACGGCUACUUCGAAUCAUUAAAGCAGAGUUGAGGAAGGAACCUAGUGGGAGUAGUUGUGGACAAGCUUCUCAUGGAAAACAGACUGCCAAGCUGAACGAAUAUGGAGAAACAGUAGAAGAAGAGAAGGAACGACUGCGACGGUUUAUCGCGAAGCACGAAGAAGAAGAAGCGGAGGCAGAAGAUGAAGAACUUAGAUUACUACGGCUUUGGGCCUCUAAACUGGAGAUCAAAUAAAAAAGAAAGUGGGGGCCGGAGGUGCCGAUUGGCAACAACCCUCCAAUGA